AUACAUUUCAUGCAUUCACCGGUACAGAGUAUAGUAACUCUGUUCAAUGCGCAAUGAUUUAUGAAAUAUUAAUGUUUGAAAUGUUUUUUCAAUAUUAAUAAUAAAUGAACCAUGUUUAUGCAAAGAAGUCGCAUUCAUAAAAUGUGCAAAUUAGUAAUGUGUUUUAAAUGUUUCUAUGAUAGAUAUUCUGCAAAAACAUGUACAGAUUGUGAUUAUAAUCAAGAGUGCACAAAUUGGCCGAAGAUUAAUUGUCAUGGAAUGUAUUUUUGUUACUGUGUAUGUGACAAUUACGGACAGGAAAAAUUUUAAACAUUAAUGUUUCAUAAACUAUUGCGCAUUGGAAAGGUUUACUCUAUUUUAUAUUAGUGAAUGGGAUGUACUGUAACAUAAAAAUUGAGGAGGUCAAGGGUUGGUUAUCUUCUUCUCAGCGUUGAAUGCUUCCCGACAUAAGAAAUAAAUAAAUAAAAUUUUUAAUCGCAACUUUAUGCGUUAUUAUAUUCGACGUUAUAACAUGAUUUGAACUCAAUUAAAUCAACCGUGAUAAUGUAACGAAUAAUCGAUUCGUCCGUAGCGAUAUGGCGUUCGGGCAGCCAGUUGAUCUUUGUGUCGUUAUUGUCGUCAUGAAUUAAAACUACACAGCUCCUGUAUCUUCAACUUUGACAUUUCGUAAUCGACUCCGCUUCCGAGAAUGCAGUCACACUAGUUUCUCAGCAAGUGACGAUAAUCAAUGUCAAAAGUCACGCUGCGCUAUCUAAUCGCUAACUCUCCACGAGAUACAAAAUCCGUAAUAAUUGCAGUUGCGUCCGUGUCACUCGGUUAGGCGCGUCGACUGAUUCGAACUCUCUCGCCAUGUCGCGGUUUCUUCUGUUCUUUUCGCAAGUCGUUAUUCUGUUUCUCUCGGCGAGGGCCUCGUCGGAGGUGAAGAAGCCGACCUGCCGGGAUAACGAUGGUUACAACGUUUGCCACUACAAGGGGGGCCUCGUCGAAGUUACGCAAAGCCGUUUCGAGGACCGAUUGGACCUCAGCGACCUGGACCUCUUGGCGAUUCGAGAGGACGCCUUCAAGAACGUGUCGGCGACGCACUUGUAUCUGAAUCAAGGCAACCGGAUAUCCGUGCUGAAGAGGGAAUCCUUCCGCGGUUUGCCCAACUUGGAGCGCCUCCAUUUGGACGGCAAUGUGGUACCGUUAUCGGGACACUUGUUCGCGGAAUUGGGACACCUGCAGUCGCUCUCGUUGAUCUUCAACAAGAUCGAUUCGAUACCGAAGGACUCGUUCGCCGGCUUGUCGAGCCUGAUGUGGCUCUACCUAGGUCACAACGAUAUCGAAGCGAUCGAGGCGGAAUCCUUCUCGAAUGUUAAUCCCGGAUUGCUGUACCUUUGGCUCAACAGCAAUAAAAUCUCUCGCGUCGCGCCGGGUUCCUUCGCCGGGUUAACCGAACUGAGUCGCCUUCACUUGGACUACAAUCGGCUAGAGGAAUUGCCGAGCGGUGCCUUUCGAGGAUUGAACAAGCUGGAGGAUCUUUACUUAAAUGACAAUCGGAUAACAAGCGUCUCCAGGUCGCUCUUCCGCGACUUGGUCAGUCUGAAGAGACUCUAUCUUCAACAGAACGAGAUCAGCGCUCUCGAGCCGGGAACUUUCCGGGAGCUGUCUCAGCUGGAACUACUGCGACUGGACGGAAACAAAUUGUCUCACAUUGUAGUCGGCACUUUUGCCGGACUCUCCAAUCUGGAA